AUGGUGCCUCCUAGUGGCCUAAUGGCUUUGUGCAUGUCGUCCCUCUACACCAAGAGUGAUGGGUGGCAGAACCUGCAGAAGGCAGAGGAUGAGUUACGGAGGCGGCUGCAGAAGGACAAGUGGAAUUUCUCUCAUGCCCUGAGUGGGCUCUGCAUGGCUGCCACGAGGGAUGACUAUUCCCUGACUGACUUCUGGUCCUAUACCCUUGUCUACUUCCUUACUAAGGAACUCCUGCAUGCCAACCUGUCCUGUUCAAGAGGUCAGUCUGAGGCGGGGACGGUGCCGUAUCCCAUAUUUGCCACUAUCGACCAUUACCUCCAACCCGAAGGAAAGGAGAAGACUCUGAAGUCCUGGUUUGAAUUCACUCCUCACACAGCUGGCUACCCAACGCCUGGCCUCUCAACACCUGGUGCUUAUGUUUCUACCACCUAUUAUGGGAGCAAGUUCAAGGCAGGGAAGCUCAUCCAACAGGAAGCUGAAAGGGAUUUAUCCUAUCUGAGAGGAUUGUUUGGCAGUGCUCUGGCAGACAGAAACUCUAUUCUCACAUCUGUAAAAGAUUUCCUAUUGAAAUUCAUCCGUCAGGAUAGCACCCAGGAAAAAAGCCUCCUACGUCUCCUUUCCAAAGAGAUAGAAGGAAAAGGACUUGUGCCUGAAGGAGAUAUCUUGCAAAUCAUCAUGGAAGAACUAGUCAUCUUGGUUUACACCUUUACAUCAGGUGGAGACUGUCUGCCAGUCCUGGAAAGUCUCCAUUCUAAAAUGGCAGGGUACAAAGGUUUUUCUGAGGCUCAGACAAUGACCAACAAGAUGAUUAAGCAUUUGCGCCAUAACUCUCCAGAUCAACAGAGACAAUACAUUCUGGACUUACUCACAAAGGUCUUGAAGCAUGAUGCAAAGGAAGAGCGCAAUAUCCCAUCUUUCCUCCAAUUCAUAUGGAAGACUUCCAAGUGUCUCUUAUUUUGGACAUGGGGAACAACAAAUAACUUUCUGUAUAAGUACGGAGACAUCAAGGACAAGGAUCUCACAGACCGGGAAAAUCUGUAUUUGAUGGAUGCUGGCUUGGAUAUCAACUGUGCCUAUCCCCUGGUCCUGCCCCCAGUGCGCAACACUGACAUCAUCCUCUCCUUUGACUUCAGUGAAGGGGAUCCAUUUCUGACCAUCAAGGAUACAGCAAAGUAUUGCAAAACCUGCAAUAUCCCCUUCCCUCCAGUGGAUGAAGAUAAGCUCAACCAAGAUGCCCAGGCUCCUUCUGACUUCUACAUCUUUGAAAGGGAGAAGGGCCCUGUGGUCAUGCACUUCCCUCUUUUCAAUAAAGUGAAUUGCGGCAGCGCAGAGGUCAUCGAGAAGAGAUGUGAGACGUUUAAGACAUUCCGCCUCAAAGACUAUUCUGAUGAUGAGGUGUGUCAACUCCUGGAAGAUGCGAAGGCCAAUGUGAGGAACAACAAGGAAAGAAUCUUGGAAAAGAUCUGUAAACUGGCACAGACAGCCUCAUAGGAAGGCAGCCUCCAAAGCUUCUGCCCUCACAGGGUGCACACAUACUGGGAUGGCUUCUAUUACUUGGGAGCAGCUGCUGUUCCUUCUGCCCUUUGGGGAGAAUCUCACAUUUGCUUGCUCAAUAACUGCUUUCAGCAGCCAACUUUUUUUUUAGAAGGCCCCACCAUGAUGCCUUGUACUCUUAUGCAACAUGUCUGCAUUCUACUUACCUAUUCUCAGGUCCAAUAAAAUGUUGUCUUGGCUCACA